AGGUAUAAAUUGCCGUCGAUGGUUGCCACUCAGUGUGGACACGCUACUUCAGUAGAGCUGUACCUAAAACCUUUGACUCUCUUCUUCUUCUCACAUUUCAACCAACACCGUCUUCUUCAUCAGUCAUGGGAGUUGCAUACAGCGUCGGAGAGUAAGUAAAGCUGUACAUGUGUAUAUAUCAUGCAACAUUUAAGAAAAUAGCUGUUUUGAAAAUAAGGUUAGUGUUAAGUUGAAGAAAUUUGCUUUGAUGCUUUUUAAUUUCACUAAAGCAAGAAACUGUGGGGUUGAAUCUUUAACUCAUGUCUUGAUAUGAGCUUUGAAUGUGUUAAGGCAGAAACAAAGGUUGUUGCAGCACAGAGUAAAAACUUCUGGGAGUUUAAAAUUGAGUGCAUGUGUGAUAGACAGAGGCAGAGACAGAGGGCAAAGGGGUGGGGGCUUCUUGAUUACAGUGACGUAUCCAAACAGUAAAAGUAGGUUUACUUUGACUUCCAGGAUUUUACUCCCAGCUGCUCUGCGGUGGUUCUUGUACAGACAGCCAAGUCGCUCCCAAAAAAGGGUUUCCUGGUCUUCCAAGUGUCCUCAGGAAACCCCAGAGAGCAGUCCUCCUAAUUUUCAGGGAAUAAUUCCUUUCCAGUCUGGUUAUGCCCGUACAUGAUUCAACAAACAUCAGUGAUGCAGGGUGACGUUUAAUGAACUUUUGGGUUUCUGUUCUUAUCCUGAGGGAGAGAGGUUGAGCCAAUUGUCUUAAACUAAAUGUAUCACAGUCAGAGGUGACAAAUAGUGUAACUUACAGUCUCUCAACUAUGGUUGUUAUUUGAAUGGCUCUCUCUCAGUGUUGUUUUUUUUUCUUUUAAGCUCAUCAAAAAAUGAUACAAUCCCUUUAAGCCCAGUGGACCAAUCAAAUGCUCUUCUUGAGUAAACAACGAGAUGAUUAUCUGUCAAUAAUACGUGUCCUUUGUUGUCUCUUCUCUCCUAAGGGUCGACCACCUCUACACCUUCUUUGUGCAGUGGUCACCUGAAAUAUACAAGAAGAGCAACAAGAAGCAACCCCAGCCCCGCUACCUCAUUAGGGAGAAACACCAGAACCGCUACCUGGUGGUGGAGAAGAACAAGGUGGCUGUGAUCAACAAGCUCUUGAGUGACCCUGCAAACAGCUCUGCAAAAAACUGGGAGGUACGUUUCUGAAGAAGAAAAAAACAAAAGCAAAAAAAACUGUCUCUUUAGUGCAAAUAUCUGAAGACAGGCCUCAUCCAGUAUCCCUGAUUUACUGUAACUGAGGCAGUUAUGGGCUUGGCAGUCAUCCAGGAGGUUGUGGGAAAACCCAUUGUAACCAUAUAUGAACAUCCUGCCUUGCAGCGUCUUGCACACUUUCCUGUUUAGAGAGAAAAGAAACUGUUCAGUGUUCGUCAGUAGAAAAUCCCGCCCGCAAGUUCCCAGCCAAUAGCAUUUCGAACCAAGAAAGUGAAAGUUAUCCUGUGGGUAUAAGUAAUGGAUGCUGGCUGGUGUAGCAAGCAAACAUGCGGUCCCUCAGAGUACAGAUCCUGAAAGGGAAACCAGAAGCUAUGAAGCAGCUACCAGAGAAUAUUAAAGUGCUCUUUUUUGCCAGUGACUGUAUGGAGCCGUAUGUCCAGGUAAGACUCAGAUACUUCAAGUUAACAUGCUUGAUUUAAACCUUUAAACUGGAUUUUUUUCAGUCAGCAUCCAUUCAUCCUUCCUUAUAGGUUGUCAUUCAGCAUUAGAAACUCACUCGUUACAAUGCUCCCUGAAUCGUGUAACCUCCUACUCUAUCACACUUUUUUUUGCACAGCCGGUCUGUAGAUGAGUCACAAAAAAGCCAUAAAUCUGUGUGUCUUUCGAAUAAAAAAUAUGAGGUUACAGUGUUGAAGUGAUUAAUGGUGUUAUAUAACUUUCCUGAUGGUUAUAUCUUUCAGAUUGUCACUGUUCAGGAAACAAAGCGGCGCAUGAGCUUGUGUAGCUCUGAGGACUCAGAGGCAGAGGAGCCUGAGUACCAGGAGGAAAGUGAAGAUGUUCUCCCUGUGCUGGACGACCACAGCCAGCUGCUGGACGACCACCACCUGAAGAUGGUGAGCUAUACUCUAACUGUUUCAUAAACCCAGAGCUUUGUGGUUGAAAAUACCCACUUUUAUUCCUUUCUGUCAGACGUCUUUUGAUUGAAAUCUGUUUUCUAACAGCUUGCCACACAAAUGCCAGCAAGGACCCAGGGUUAUUCAUGGCAGCUGGUCUACAGCACAGCCGUCCAUGGGAGCAGCCUGAAGACUCUGUACAGGAACAUGGCCAGCCUGGACAGCCCGGUGCUUCUGGUCAUUAAAGACAUGCAAAAAAAGGUUAGCAUCUUCAUAGUCAAGACUUUUAAGACCAUAAUUGAACAAAAUAAUGAUCAGAGUAAUUUUGGGAAUAUCACCAAUGAGCUUCUGUCUCCAUACUUUCAGGUGUUUGGGGCUUUUUCUUCAGAUCCAUUCAAAGUCAGUAAAUACUCCUACGGCACAGGAGAAACUUUCCUGUUCAGCUUCAACCCUGAAUUUCAGGUAAGAGUGGAAUUUUUUCUUGUUACCUAUUAAGUGGCUGUAAAUGAUGACAUGUAUAAACAUUUUAGACUUUUUUUCUUGUUUUAGUCAAGUUUCUGAUGUUUUACAUUGUUUUCACAUCUUUUCAGGCAUACAGGUGGAGUGGAGAAAACUCCUAUUUUGUAAGCGGCAACCUUGAAUCUCUGCAGAUUGGUGGAGGAGGGUAAGUUAAUGAUUUACUUUAUUGAAAUAAAACUCAGUGAGGGUCAUAAAGUAGUAAAAAGGGACCAGAAAAUUACUACUCUAACGGCUAUUGUUAAACAUCUGCGAUUACAGUGCCUCUUUUAUCCUUGAGCAAAGAACUUUUCAUGAAUAUUUCAUUGAUUUUUUUUUUCUUCUUUCUUGAUCUUCAGGAGUGGAUUCGGCUUGUGGUUGGACGCUGAUCUGUAUCAUGGCUCAAGCUUUUCCUGUCCUACCUUCCACAACGCAUCUCUGUCCUCACAGGAAGACUUCAUUGUACAAGACCUUGAGGUCUGGACUGUACAGAACUGAUAGAAACACCUGAAAAAAAGGAGAUGCAAGACCUCAGAGUGGAUCCUAUGAUCCUGUAUGGAGCUACAGAACUCCAUAACUAAAAGGAAGUACACGUGGUUUGACCACAUGAACGACCUGAUGAAGCAGCUGCUGUGAUCUGUGCUCCUGGCUCCUGCUCAGGUCCGCACAUACACAGAACAGAGUGUGUCCAUGAGCUGGACUUAAUGUUGAGGCUGCCGUGAUCUGUGCCUGCUAAAGAUCCAAGUAGCUAAAAGAGAGCCUGCAGAUCUGGGUCCUUUAGCUACAAACUUCCAGCCUCUCAGGACCAGUCUUGUGCCUGGCCAAGUUAGAAACUGGCAUCUGAAGCAUCUGAAGCUUGAGGCCCUUUCUGCCCUCUGUUUGUUGUUGAGAGCAUUAUGAUACAAAGGUCGGUGAAACACUGUUGGACAUAAUGUUUGUGUGACUAUUGUAAGAACAUUGUGAAUGUAAAAAAAAAAAAACUUUUCUGUCUAACAACUAUUUAAAACUUUAGGAAAUUUAUAUGUGAAUAUACCUGUGUGUAUGUGUACACUGCAUUUUAUCCUUUUCCUCCCCCACCUUGAAUGCUUGUUAAAGAUAUUUGGUGUGUACAGGGCAAGAUUAUUAUUUAUAUGGACACUGUAAAAUGAUACAAGCUAUAUCAGCUUAUCUGGACUUGAGCUGAACUAUAGUGACGCCUGUUUUUUUAAUGGCUGUCAUUAAAAAAUACACCUCAAAAUGACUCUGAAUUUCUCCAUACAAAGCUAUCAGCACUGUAUGAAGUUCAAAGACGGAGGGACUUUAACGGUCAACUGUAAUUUAUUUUCAUGGAAGUGACACAUCUGCCGGCUUAUUUGCAUACAAAAGGGAAAUAAGAGGGGAGUAAAAUCUUACUGUUCCAGUUUGUUCACAUUUCCUCCACAUUUGAGUCAUUUAGGAAGUGCUGGCACUACCAUUGUUAUGUUGUUAUGUUGUUGUUCUUCACAUUAAAACUUUGUCUUUCCUGGAGAAUCACAAGGUUUAUAUCUUUUCUAUUUAAUUAUGAAUAAAAUUUCUAAAAAAAAAAUCCA